AUGACAGAAGCUCUUCCUCUGUGCUGCUGUGACGCCAGUGGACGGAGAUGUCUGCGAACAUGACCGAUGAGAACUUCAUGCAGCUGAGAUUCUCAGAACUGCUCCAGCAGGUGAAGGACUGGAGACUCAGGGAGCAGCUGCGGGCCGCAGCCGACCGCAACCGCAACGCCUUACUCAGCAUGGUGGACGACCUCAAGAGGAGUCAGAGCUACGUCAUCGACGAGUGCGCGGCGGAGCGGGCCGAGAAGGAGGCCUUCAGGCAGCAGAGGGACCACCUGAGGAAACAAGUGGACCAGCUGAGGACGCAGUUCCCGCACGAGAAGGUUCUGCUCGUCGAGAGGCAGCUGAUGGAACCCGAGCAGGAGAACAACGGCGACAACGACACGGCCGCAAAGGCUCUUCAGCUCGACAGCCUGGUGGAGAGGCGCUGGAGCGAGAACCUGCAGCAGCAGCUGAAGGUCGUGGAGAGGACGAAGGUCCUAGCCAAAGCCGAGAAGGAAGGCGAGCUCACGCCCUCGCAGAAGAAGGAGAAGGGCUACCUUCAAGAGCUGGGGGAGAUGCAGCUACUCUACAAAGACACCAAAGAAACGUUCAAGAACAAUUUGGAAAAGUUGAAGGAAGACAUCGCCCAGAAGGAGGCCAGGAACCGGGAGCUGGACUUGAUCCUGCGAGAUCCCAGCAUGGAGCAGAAGCUGAGGGAAGCCAAAUCUCGCAUUUUGUUCCUUUCUUUAAAAGUUCAGGAGCUGAAACAGAGGCUAACGCGCUACGAGAACGGCUCGCGCCCAAAGGUCUCGCUCAGGUGGAACCCGGACACGGAGAACAUGCGCGGGGAACUCCUCCAACUCAAACCUUUCAGGGAGAAGAAACGGUCCAUAACCCACGCGUUCCUCCACCACAUCCAGCCCUGGAACUGGGGUAAAAAGUUUCGGAUGUGACGCUGUCGUCUGCUGCUGGAAGUCUUUGCAGAAGAAGAAGGGGGAGCUGACGUGAUCGGAUGUGGACACCGGAGACAUGUGGUGAAGCGCCAUCCAAUCACAGAUGGCUUUCACGGUUAGCUCGCUACGUAACAUAAACACCACGUUUCCUCUCCGACAGUUAGGAAGUGAUUUUUCCCAGUUUAUUUAUCAGUAUUUCACACCAGAGGUUCAAAAGUGAGCAGAACGAUAAUGAGCUGUGUUUUACAGAGCAGCGUUUGAUCCACGGGACAGAACUUUAUUACCGUCCGACACAAACAUGACAACGUUCAUCCUGGUCCCUGAAGAUGUGGCUGAGACAUAAACACAUGCAGAGUCUGUACUACGUCAUUUCAGUCGUGUUCUUUAUUAGAGAGAGUGAUUAUCUGUGACGUCAUCAGUGCUUAGAUUCAUGGGAACAUACUCGGGUGAUAAACCCACGUCCAUGAAAACAGAACCUUCCUGGUUGAGGUGAUUAUUAAUAUUAAUAUUAUUCAUCAGCGUGACGGAGAGAGUCCAACAGAAGUAUGAUAACGUAUUAUUAUAAUAAGUGCAAUAAAUCCUCAUUAUCAUGGAAGUAGCAAGAGAAAAUAGACAUUUCAAACCAAAUGGACUUUUAAUUGUUGUGAAAAUUCUUAUUUUUAAUGUUGCCGACGACUUUGAAUGCGUUUUA